CCUCAAAGCUGACAUGUAGCCAAUGGCCCUUAGAGAGUUUUAUAAAGCCUGGUGGGACAGAGAGAGGGGAGACCAUUGAAGAAAAAGUUACAGAUUUAGUUAACGGAUCUCAAAACAUUUACUUCCUCGGAAAUGCGAUUUGCUAUUAAAAUACGGCGUAAUAUCAAUGCAAUCUAAUAUUCAGAAUCUCAGAAUUUCCUAAAAACCCAACUGGAAUUGUGCAGCAGGAGCUGUGGACUCACUCAGUCAUCAAUCUCAGUUAUCAAUUGUUCAGCCCUCAAAGAUGUGCAGGUGAAAGUGAUCAGGAUUGUUUUGAAUUGAAACCAAUGUGAGGUUUCCAAAAGGUAGGAUAAUGCUCAAAGGCUUGAGGAGAGGGCAGUGAGUAGGAAAAAAAACGUGUGCAGUGAGUAGGACAAAGCACUGUGCAUAGGUCUUUGUGAAGGAUUAAUUGUGAUGACAUGGAGUUUCCAGAGACUGAAGACUGCAAGGACUUGCACACCUGGCCUGUGUGUGCAACCAUCACUCCCAGAGCUGCCAGAGGCAUAUUUUCAGCCCGUAGUUUGGGUGUGGAGCAGUCAGAGAAACCUGAAGAUGGCAAUCCAGGAAAUGAAGAGGAUUCUGUGUACAGCUGUUCCUGCUCCAGCUGUGACUCGGACGAGGAGGAGGAGGAAGAGGACAAGCUCAAUAAGUUCCAGAAACGGAUGUUGAAGGAGCACAAAGAGGCAGUGGCCAAGGCUGCCAGCAAGACAGACAAAAUCAACGUCAUCAAAGAACGGGACCGCAGGAAACGGAUAAAAACUAGCUGUGAUCAUCUUCGGGACUUGUUGCCUAACUUUGAAGGACGAAAAAAUGAUAUGGCUUCUGUCCUGGAAAUGACUGUGAAAUACCUGGAGCUGGUUCAAGUGCUCAUUCCACCACAGCAACGCUCUACAAUCCUAUCUGUACCGAAAGAAUUAUAUGAAAAGUGGCAGAAACCUGGUGUAAGGACACAAAUGGAGAAACUACCCUCUGCGCAGGAAAGGGAUCCUGGGACAAGUGGGAGAAGAAAAAUCAGGAAAAAGAUAUCAACAAAACGUUGUCCGGCAAACCCAGCUGUGAAUGAGAAGCAAGACUUGACCAUCACUGUGAGAAGCCCCCACACCUCAACACCCAUCAACCUUCCUUCCACCUCAGUCUCAAUUUGCACUGAGCCCAGCACGAGACCAGAAAGGAAGUCAGAAGUUGCCUUUAACCUGGAGACGAGUUCUGCAAGCCCUGAGAUUCGUGCACAAGGAAAGUCUGUGCUGCUGCCGAUGACGGAACCCUGCAGGCAAACCUUGGUAUCGCUCGCCACGAGAUGGUUCGCAGACUCCCCCAGUGUCUGGGGAUCUCAGCUCCUCGGGGUUCCCAAGCCAAUGACUCCAAACGCGCAGCUCAGCACAGCUCAGCACAGUCGUUGUGCCACAGGACGUGAGCUUCAGUCUGACCCCAGUGCUGCCAGCCUGCAGGACACUGAAGACGAAGGUUUCUGGGGAGAAGAUGUCCUCUCCACCGCCGUGCAUUCGGACACUUCACACCCCAGCGGCCAGCGUUCAGCGAGCCCCUCUCCGGAGGGCAGAUCACUGGCUGCAAACUCAGCCCUUCACGUCCUGGAUUUAGAUCAGCUGAUGUCAGCAGACGGCUUGCUGGCGCAGUGGGCCCCAGAGCUGGAGCCUCCCCUGGUGGCCCAGAGCGAGAGCAGCAGAGAGGAGGAAGGAACCGUGGCUGAUUUAUUUUUAUUUGACUUGUAA